AUGGAUAGACGCACAAGUAGUAUUUGGGGAUAUUUCACUAUUUUUGACCAAUUAAAAUAUAUUGCUAAAUGCGAUACAUGUCAAAAGAAAUAUUCUUAUAAGUCUAAUUUGACAAAUCUUCGUAAACAUUUAUCCACUUGUCAUGGAAUCAACUUGCCGAUAAAUACUUUGAAUAAUCGUAAUGAAGGUGAACAAAUUGAUGAUCCCGCACCAGUUGCAUCAUGUUCCUCUGCAAUAUUACCAUCAACAUCUACUUCUGAUGUAUCUGAUCAAAUCCCUACACCAUCUUCAUCAAAUGCUUUCUCCUUGAUCCAAGCUUCAAAUUCUUCAGUCCGCAAACUUGUUGAAGAUUCGGGCUUUAUUGAAUUUGUAAAAGCGUUGAAUCCUAGUUAUGAACUGCCUAACCGUAACACGAUAUCAAAAGUCCAUAUUCCGGCCAUGUAUGAGAGAUGUUUAGGAGAAAUGAAAGAGUUGGUAUCUACCAUCGAGAGUGCUUGUUUGACCACUGACUGCUGGACAUCCAGGAACAAUGAAAAAAAAGCCACUGUAGCUAAUAAUGUAUUUAAAACUUACCAAAUAAAUAACGGUAUAAAAGAUCCAAAGAAGCUUAUUCAAGAUGUACAAACUCGGUGGAACUCUACCUACUACAUGAUAGAUAGAUUUGUUGAGAUGCAAACAUCAAUUAGAGGUACAUUAGGUUUAUUGGAUAAUGCUCCUGAUACUUUGAGACCCGAAGACUGGACCAUUUUACAAGAUCUAAUUAAAAUAUUAAAACCUUUCGCAGAGGCUACAAAAGCAAUAAGUGGACAAAAAUAUAUGACAGCUUCACUUGUAAUUGUUAUAGUCCAGGGGUUAUACAAAGUGUGCAAUAGUUUAAUAAAAAUUAAUUUGUCCCCAAGAGCAUUGCUUGUAGCUAAAAAGUUACUGAGUAAUAUGGAUGCAAGGGAUGGUUUUAAGAACUGUGAAAAAAGUAUGACACUUUCUAAGUGUACAUUCUUAGAUCCCCGAUUUAAACACCUGCCUUUCAUGAAUAUGAAUCCAAUAAAAAAUGAAAUCAUUGAAAAUAUAGCACAAAUUAUUCGAGAUAUAGAACCACAGAGUCAAUCAAAUGUAAAUAUACAGCCGGAUCCAAUACCCGAAUCUGAAUAA